GUGACACCGGCCCUGGGCGAGGCGGUGUCUGGGCUCAGGCGGGGACAGUUUCUGCCCCGGAACGGAGGCAGCGCGUCCGGAGUUUCCGGGGAUCGGGGGCGUCGCACCGCCGCGCCCCGCCUCUGGCCGGCCACGUCUCGCCGAAGCUCCGGGUCCGCGCUGGGUUUCAUGAUGUUGGUUUGUUUAACUGCAAGCCAUGUAUGAGACUUUAAAAUUUGCCCUGGAAAUGGAAUACAGAGUGAGGUCCUUCCUGGGAGCUCUGGGCUGUUGCUAAUGGCAGAAACUGUGCGCAUUCCGGGGUCACUUGUAGCCCUUCACUGUCUGCUCAUCCUGGGCCAUCCUGACCAUGGAUGGUGUGUCAGCCGAGCACGAUGGCCUCUUGGAGGACAGACCCAGCAGCGACACCUCAGCUCACCCCGAGGCCCUCCUGACUGCCCUGGACUCACUGGCACUGCCUGACCAGCCGGAUGAAGUCCAGUGUGCCAGUGUUGAGGUAAACAGAGCUUCUGAGGAAGUAGGACGUCUGGACGCACCUGGGCAGGGGCAUCUCUGCCAGAAUGGAUCCACUCCACAGUUCCCAGACUCGCCAUUAUCUCUUGAUCCCGCCAUAAGCCCAGUGGGUCCUGAUGCCUCUCCAGGUGUGGCUGGUUUCCAUGACAACCUAAGGAAGUCCCAGGGAACUAGUACUGAGGGCAGUGUUAGAAAAGAAGCUUUGCAGUCUCUCAGACUCAGUCUUCCCAUGCAAGAAACGCAACUGUGCUCCACAGCAUCUUCACUAUCCCUGGAGAAAGAGGAACAGGUCCGAAUCCAGGCCCGGAAGCGCCUGGAAGAGCAGCUUCAGCAGUACCGUGUGAAGCGCCAGCAAGAGCGGUCCAGCCAACCUUCAACAAAAAUGAGACUCUUUAGCACUCUUGAUCCUGAGCUCAUGUUGCACCCAGAAAACUUGCCAAGGGCUAGUACCGUAGCUAUGACAAAAGAAUACUCCUUCCUACGCACCAGCGUCCCUCGGGGGCCCAAGGUGGGCAGCUUAGGGCUGCUGACACAUGCCAAGGAUAAAAAGAGUUCCAAAUCAAGCAAAAUCCGGUCUCUGGCUGAUUAUAGAACUGAAGAUGGAAGUGGUUCCAGUGGCCUUGCUCCUGCUGCCAACUCUGUUGGGAGCUCCCUGAAGCAGAGCAGGGGCAGCACCUCAAUAGUGUCUGAGGUCAGCCCAUCUCCUGAGACUGAUGGCCGUCUUGAGAAUGCCUCACUGACUGGGGACAGUGUGUCGGAGGCCGAUGGAAAUGAGAGUGACAGCUCCUCACAUAGCAGCCUCUCCACCCGCGGGACCUGCCUGGGGAACAUAGUGGUCAUGCAGGGACCUGCCUACUUGGUCAAUGGCCAGGAGAUUGCCACGGAGGCUCUGGGCCAGUUCCCUUCUAUUAAGGAUGUCCUCCAGGCUGCGGCAGCCGAGCACCAAGACCAGGGUCAGGAGGUCAACGGGGAGGUGCGAAGCCGCAGAGACAGUAUCUGCAGCAGUGUGUCCAUGGAGAGCUCCCUUGCUGAAGCACAGGAUGAAAUGUUGCAGGUUCUUAAAGAAAAAAUGAGGCUUGAAGGACAGCUGGAGGCUUUAUCACUAGAGGCCAGUCAGGCACUUCAGGAAAAGGCAGAGCUGCAAGCCCAGCUGGCCGCCUUGCGCACCAGGUUACAGGCCCAGGUGGAGCGUAGCCAUAGCAGUCAGCAGAAGCAAGACUCCCUCAGCUCUGAGGUGGACACUCUGAAGCAGUCCUGCUGGGACCUGGAGCGGGCCAUGACUGACCUGCAGAACAUGCUGGAAGCCAAGAAUGCCAGCCUAGCUUCCUCAAACAAUGACCUACAGAUGGCAGAGGAACAGUAUCAGAGAUUGAUGGCCAAAGUUGAGGACAUGCAGAGAAGCAUCCUCAGCAAGGACAACACAGUGCAUGACCUCCGACAGCAGAUGGCGGCCCUGCAGAGCCAGCUCCAGCAAGUGCAGCUGGAGCGCACAACGCUGACCAGCAAGCUGCAGGCGUCACAGGCUGAGAUCGCCUCUCUGCAGCAUGCCCGGCAGUGGUACCAGCAGCAGCUGGCCCUGGCCCAGGAGGCACGGGUCAGGCUGCAGGGUGAGGUGGCCCACAUCCAGGUUGGACAGAUGACCCAGGCUGGCCUUCUGGAGCACCUGAAGCUUGAGAAUGUAUCCCUAUCCCAGCAGCUGACAGAGACACAGCACAGAUCCAUCAAGGAGAAGGAGCGCAUAGCUGUGCAGCUCCAGAGCAUCGAGGCUGACAUGUUGGAUCAGGAAGCAGCCUUUGUGCAGAUUCGGGAAGCAAAGACAAUGGUGGAGGAAGAUCUCCAGAGGAGGCUGGAAGAGUUUGAGGGUGAACGAGAACAGCUACAGAAGGUGGCUGACUCAGCAGUGGCCUUGGAGCAGCAGCUGGAACAGGUGAAACUGACUCUACAGCAGCGAGACCAGCAGCUUGUGGCACUGCAGCAGGAGCACCUGGGCCUUGUAAAACAACUCACUGCAGCACAGGAGACCCUGCAAGCCCGGGAACAGUCCCUCAAUGAGCUACAUACCCGCCACGAUGAGCUACAGGCACAGCUGGAGGAGCUGCAGGGGGAGGCUGCCACCAGGGAGGACACAGUCCGCUUCCUGCAGAAUGAAAAGAUUGUCUUAGAGGUGGCUCUUCAGGCAGCCAGGAGUGGUGAGGAGGAGCUUGACCGAGGAACAAGGCACUUGGAAGAAAGCACCAAGGAAACGUCAGGACUUUUAGAGCAGCUGAGACAAGAGCUGGCCAUCAAGUCCAGCCAGGUGGAGCACCUGCAGCAGGAGACGACCUCCGUGAGAAAGCAGACCCAGAAGGUGAAGGAGCAGUUCCUUCAGCAGAAGGUGAUGGUGGAGGCCUACCGGCGGGAUGCUUCCUCCAAAGACCAGCUCAUCAGUGAGCUGAAGACCACAAAGAAGCGGCUGGACUCAGAGAUGAAGGAGCUGAGGCAGGAGCUAAUCAGGCUGCAGGGGGAAAAGAAGGCCGUGGAGGCAGAGCACUCACAUUUGAAGAAGGAGGUGUCCAUGACCCACCAGCAGAUGGCUGACCUCCAGGAGCACCUCCAGUCAGCGCAGAAGCAGCAGGAUGAGAUGGAGACACGCCUGCAGUCUUUGCAGUUCAACAAAGAGCAGAUGGUCACUCUUACAGAGGCCAAUGAGGCGCUAAAGGAACAAAUAGACGUGCUGCAGCAAGAGGCCAAAAAGGCCAUCACAGAGCAGAAGCAGAAGAUGAAACAACUGGGCUCAGAUCUGACCAGUGCCCAGAAGGAAAUGAAGAACAAACACAAAGCUUAUGAGAAUGCUGUGAGCAUCCUCAGCCGCCGUUUGCAGGAGGCUCUGGCUGCCAGAGAGGCUGCAGAUGCAGAGCUGAGCCAGCUCAGAGCCCAGAGCACCAGCGGUGGCAGUGACCCUGUCCUACAUGAGAAGAUCCGGGCCCUGGAGGUGGAGCUGCAGAGUGUAGGCCACAGCAAGUUGCUAUUGGAAAAGGAGCUUCAGGAGGUGAUUGCCAUGACAAGCCAGGAGCUGGAGGAGUCCCGGGAGAAGGUGCUAGAGCUGGAGGAUGAGCUUCAAGAGUCCAGAGGCUUCAGAAAGAAGAUAAAGCGCUUGGAAGAGUCAAAUAAGAAGUUGACUCUCGAGCUGGAACAUGAAAGAGGGAGGCUUACAGGCCUCGGGCAGGCCAACGCGGCCCUGCGGGAGCACAACAGCAUCUUGGAGACAGCGCUCGCUAAGAGGGAGGCCGACCUGGUGCAACUGAACCUCCAGGUGCAGGCAGUUCUGCAGCGCAAAGAGGAAGAAGACCGCCAGAUGAGGCAGCUUGUCCAGGCCCUGCAGGCCUCUCUGGAUAGAGAAAAGCUGGAAGUGAGCAGCCUCAAGGAGCAGGUGACUGCUGUCAAGGUGGAAGCAGGCCAUAACCGCCGCCACUUCAAGGCAGCCACCCUGGAGCUCAGCGAGGUGAAGAAAGAGCUGCAGGCCAAGGAGCACCUGGUACAGACUCUGCAGACUGAGGCUGCUGAGCUGCAGAUUCGGGAAGGAAAACAAUCCCAGGAGAUAGCACAGUUCCAGGUGAACCUGACAGAGGCCCGCACCCAGCUCCAGCUCCUGCAGCAGCAGCUGGAUGAGCAGCUGAGCCAGCAGCCUGCAGGGAGCCAAGAGAUGGAAAAUCUCAAGUGGGAACUGGAUCAGAAGGAGCGGGAGCUCCAGUCCUUGAAGCAGCAGUUGGACCUAUCAGAACAGCAGGGAAGGAAAGAACUGGAAGGAACACAGCAGCUGCUACAGAAUAUCAGAUGUGAGCUGGAGAUGGUGCAGGAAGACCUGUCUGUGACUCAGAAGGAUAAAUUCAUGCUCCAAGCGAAAGUGUCUGAGCUAAAAAACAACAUGAAGACUCUGCUUCAGCAAAACCAGCAGCUCCACCAGGAUCUUCGCCGAGGUGUGGCCAAGAGGAAAGAACCGAAGAGUGAAGCCAGCCCCUCCAGCCCAGCAACACCCAUCAAGAUCCCCGACUGCCCUGUCCCAGCCUCGCUGCUCGAAGAGCUGCUGAGGCCUCCGCCUGCCGUCAGCAAGGAGCCCCUUAAGAACCUGAACAGCUGUCUGCAACAGCUCAGGCAGGAGAUGGACAGCCUGCAGCGGCAGAUGGAGGAACACACCAUCACUGUGCAUGAGUCGUUGUCUUCCUGGACCCAGGUGGAAUCCCCCCCAGGAGAGCACAUCCACCUGCGAGGAGAUACCCAGCAGCAGGGUUGUGGCAGAGCACCCAGAGAAGGCCUGCAGCAGUGACCACCCACACCAUUGAGCUGUGUGCUCUGCAUUUUCCUGAGAGACAAAAUUUUAAGUUUUGCUUUUGUCUUUAACAGGGAGUAAACUAACAGAAUAAGAGCCAAGGAUUAGAGAAAUAGCCAUUGGAAACCACAGCUAGCUUUUCCCAUGAAAUGACCAAAUCUUAGCCCCUUAAGUUUAGAGCUCGGGAGGGAAUUUCUUGGUGUCCAUCUCACAAACUUUGUGCAGGAGAAGAUGUCACUGAGCGUGGCGGAUGUUCACACCCCAGCCCAUUGCUGGCGGACACUUUCGGGCGGGGAUGUCAGGGCAGCAGCGCCAGGCACCUGCAUAGCUCUUCUCCAUCCCGCCUAACAAGAGCUUUAUUUACUUUCCUGUUGCACUUUUGGCUUUCUAGUUCUUUUUUUUUUUUUCAAUAGCCAUCCCACCAUAGGAUGUGUGUAUAAGCCCUGAAAGUCAUAAUCUUGUAAAAGCAUAUGCAUAUAUUAUUUAAGAAAGACCUGAUUAUCCUUUUAUUGAUUGCCGUUUGAAAAUUUGCUGUUGGGAAACAAUGUACAUGUAGGAUUUAGGGUUGUCCAUUAAAAAACUGUAUUUUAAGAAGUAUAUUUUUAUUUACUGUACCUUCUAAAGCCAAAAAUUCUUGCACAGAAUAGAUUCUUUGAGCUGGGUGUGGUGACACAUACCUGUAAUCUCAGCACUUGUAAGGCUGAAGCAGGAGAAUCGCCUCAAGUUUGAGGCCAACCUGGGCGACAUAGUCUAGGCCAGCCCAAACUACUUAGAGGCCCUGUCUCGAAAAGAAAUCAUCCUUUGUUGUUUUAUUUUCACUUUUUUUUUUCUGGGCAUUCUUCCUUCCUGCCCAGUCUCUUCAUCAGUUCACAACACUGGCCUGUUGGACUGCUGGCCCAGCAUGGUCCACCUUGGCUAACUAACUACUGAGUAGGUAAAGCAAGGCUGCCAAGGUCCCCGCACUGACCUGUCAUAUGGGGAGCACAGGGUAUGGGAGGAAGCGAGGGAGAGGGGACCUGACCCUCGUGUAGGCGGUAGGCCUUCUGUCAUGGAGUUCCCCAAGGCCUGUGAUGUGCAUGCCAGUGUCAUGUGGAGUCAGCCGUGGUGUCUGGAAGAUGCUUGCCAGGCCUCAGGGCGAGGUUACUGCCGUCUCCUCAGAACAGAGGCUCGAAGUCUGAGGCCUUGUUUAGGAUUGGCACCACCUGUGGCGGUCUUCCUGGGAUGUGUUUCCCAUCUGAGGUCCUAAUGCUGCAGACUCCGCUAGGAGAGAUGAGGUCUUUAAAUCCCUACUCCCCCAUCCCUGAUUUACUAGGAAAAUCUAAAGUAAUACUUACUAUUGCAAGUUAGAAGGAAGAGGGAGGGAGGUCCAAUACCCUAUGAAAUGAAGUGCUAGAGUUACUGAUCAGUCCCAGUGUGCUGUUAGUAGAUUGCUUAUAUCUGGUUUGUGGAGAAAACAGGCGUUUUUAAGCUGUUUGUGCUCUUUGUAAUAUAUUGUUAGAAGGUUAAUUGAUAUGGUUAAAGUAGCAUUAACCACAAAAAUGUUUGGUGUUUUUAAAAAAAUUCCCUAGCAAGUAUUGUAAUUUCUUAAAUGUAUAUACCAUUUGUACAGGGUUAAUCUUGAAAUAACACUUGAAAACUUCAUUAUAAAUAUAUCCUACUCUUUAUCUAAGUUGGACAUUGUUUUUGACUAAAUUGUUCUUGUACCAUUAGAAAAGAGAAAUGAUAAUUUGCUUUCUUAUUUAUUUUGGUUAUGUUAUCUUUUGAGUCCUAUACCAGGAAGUAACCCUUGGGCACAUUCUUUGGCAGAGCUGCCUUCUCAAGACCUCUGUGCUUUCCUCUGACGAAGAGCAGGCUACCCUGACUCCUCCCUUCAGGAAGAGCAGCCCCUCUGUUCUGCACCCCUCCACCCCCCAGCCUGUGCCAAGCCAUUGCCCAGCCCACCUGAUUGGAAGAGCCUGGCUCUUCUGGUCCCAUCCCCUGGCUGGCUGUGUGUGUUGGUUUUGCACACGCCUGCAGUGCUGACCCUGAGGCCCUGUGCCCAAGCUGGCACUUCCAGUCAACUCUGCAAAGUCACCUUAAAGAGAGCUUAGGUUUAUAAAUGACCCGCUUUUGAUUUUUAUCUCUAGGGGACUGUAUGCACCUCUGCCCCCAGAGCUAGAUUCUUCCAUGACUUCCGUGGCUGUGCUUGUGGGCAGAAGCAGGAGUUUGGGGAUUCACUGUGGGAGGCCAGUCAGGCCUGGAGCAGCACUGUGUGAGACAGCUUUCCACUGCACUGUGUGUGCACGUGACUUGCGCAUACCCUGUCAUCACCCAUUUCAGGGAGUAUUGGCUUGGACACUUACGAUGUCAUUACUUGUUUUUCUCCUCUUCAGGAGAAAAUUAUUUCAAUGUGGUUUCCAUCAAGUUGUUUGUUUGUUUUCAUGGUAUAUGUCAGGUCAAUGCCACAGAUCUCACAGAUUUAUACACCUUUGUUCUACUCCUUGGAAGAAGUAACAGACAGUGUUUUCAAAAGAAUAUGAAACUGUACUCAGGCCUGGUUCCAAAGGACAGGAUUGACCUCCUAAGAAGACAGUAUAGACACAUGAGGAAGCUUGUAUUAAAACUUUCUCGGGGCCGGGGAGAUGGCUCAGUAGAAUAAGCGCUUCCCUGGCAAGCGCAAGGGUCUGAGUUCAAUCCCUGGU